CUGUAGCAAUGGCGAGCUCGAGUUGCCCGACUGAACCCUCUUCAUGUAAAAACUCUUCGCGCUUCAAAUUAUAUAGGCAAACUUGCAAUCUCGCGCGUUCUCUCAUGGCAAUUCCCCUUUAAUUAAAAUCCUUCAUCAAUGGAUUCCUUCAUUUCAUUCGCUUUACUCUUCGGCAGCCGGCCCUUCUCCGCUCUUCUCUUCACUACACCAAAGCAAUCAGUCCAAGAUGAGCAGCUCUGAUUUGAAUCCUUCCAACGACCUUUCGGUUUCUGAUUACCUAGCACAAGGAGACCUUCAACUGGAUCUGCUUGAGCUCGGCAGCCUUGGCACUGUUUUGGACAGCGACAACUACAAUGUGUCUGCUUUGUCUGUAGACAAGUUUGCACAGUCACUUCUAGAACAGGGACUGCCCGACGACAUCCAGGAGACCUUGUUGACCUCGAUGCCAAGUGGAAGCAACAUAAGAGGCCACCAUGGAGCGAUAUUGUUAUCCAGUGACCAGCAGUUGAACUCAUUGAGCUUGAUGCUGAGUGGAAGCAACAAAAGAGACCAACAUGGGGUGAAUGGGCAACAAUCGUUGGCCAAUGACAACCAGGUGAAGUCGUUGAGCUCGAUGCCAAGUGGGAGCAAGAGAAGAGGCCGGGAAUUAGUUUCUGAUGACUCAUCAAAACCUAAAGGAAAAGGCAAAAUGAAACAGCCCCAGCGCAGAAGAACCAUUGUCAACGGUGAAUCAGCACCGACCAGUAAAGCAGUGCCACUGAGUUAUGAGGACCGUAUCAAGGAGAAAUCUGUGGGGGAAAGUGCGAAAAUUUUGACAGAUCGAGUCUCCAAAAGGACAGAAAGCGUGAUGGCCCUGCUAGGUGACUUAUUCCUCGCCUACGACAAAAUGCCAUGGACAGCUAGAGCCCAAGAAUUGAAGGCAGAUUCGAAAGCUAUGAGAGGUGAACUUAAAAGAAUUAAUCGAUAUAUAAUUAACAUACUGGUCAAAUGCAAGAAAGGUAGAUUAACAGAAGAAGCGGCAAAGAAGAGAUUGGUGGGUGCACACAAUAGGUUAAAUAACUUCCUACAGAAAAUUGAAAAUGCGAGGGAGGGAUUAAAACAAAUCAACCGGGAUCUGGAAAAAACAAGGAACCUUGAUGCAAUCUUCGCUAAGAAUAUGGAUUUCAGCUCAGAGUAUCUAAGAGAAAAGUUGGCUUCUGAAAUACCAUUUGAUAUCAAAGAACUUGAUCUGGUUGAUUUACACUCUAAAUUUAGUAAUUUUAAGAGCCGACUUUAUGACAAAGAGAACAACAAAGUGGAUAUUCAAGAUUUCGAGGGCUUGCAAGAGGCAUUGAACAGAGCUGGCUGGGGGAAAACUCCGAACCACCUGGAACAAAUUGCUAUGGAAGUCGAAACGGCUAUUGGUAAACAGAUUAACAACCCGUGUAUCCGAGUUCUGCUCUCUGCUGCAAUCAAAGAGAUGAAAGAUUUGAAAGUCGAUGAAAUGGAGCGGGAUAUGUGUAACAUGUUUAAAAAGUGGGCGGCCACGUUCAAUUACGCCAAGGAAAAUGGUUUUCAUGUGGAAUUUGCUUACAUAAAGCUGGAGAAAAACUUGCGUGCCUACCUGUCUUAUCAUGGGAAUUAGAAAGGGAAAGGUUU